AUGCUACAUCGCUUCUUGUUGUAUGUCUCCCUUUUAACUAGCUUCACCGUUGCUGCACCGCCAACCGAGCUAGAUACCCAUUCCAUUGAUGCUGGCUCUGGCUCAAAUGUUGGAACAGCGGGGAAUCAUGUGUUGGAACGACUUGAGCGCCGUUGUGACAAGGUUGGGUCAUAUUUCCUUCUUGUCAACGCGACACCCUGGAAAAUGACCUUGUCUAGAAACGUAAGCUACCAGAUGAAUCAAUUCAAGUUUCCCAAAACCAUCAAGCCAGGUACAUCCAAUAGAAUCUACAUCCAGGGCAAAGGCCACAAAGACGAUGCUGGUGAAGCAAGCUACAAAUUCAAAGACCUGCCUGGCGAUCCUGAUUUCGAGUUCAAAUACAAGUCCGAGACGGCUGGUAUCCGAUUCACAAAGCUUAAGACACUCAACAACAAACGAGGUUCGUUUCACAAGUUGGCAUGGCAUUGGGAUAACAACGUUCCCUUUAUCAUCGCCAGCUCUGAGAAUGAUCCUAAAAACCCUUCACUUUGGCCGUGGCUUGUUUCAAGCAACCCUCCUGAAGACUGGAUGCACUCUAUCUACCCCCGUAUCGCGUGUCUCACACUGCGAGAGCUGGCCAUACCCGGAACACACAACUCAGGCAUGUCCUGGUUCCAUAGACGGUCGUUUUUUGGCACCCCCGCGAACGCCCAAAAUCAGAAGCUCCACAUCCCAGAGCAACUAAAAAACGGUGCUCGCUGGCUGGACCUCCGUCCUUCCAAGACUGGGGGCAAGUGGGCAACUGGCCACUUUAGCUUUGGUUGGGGCAACUGGCAUGGAGGCAAUGGCGAGUACCUCGAUAAGAUCAUUGCGGACGUGAACGCUUUCACCAAGAGCAACAAGGAGCUUAUCAUCAUCAAUGUUAGCCACGGUCUAAACUCAGAUACUUUCAAAGGCAAAAAGAACGCACGUAUGACCCAGAGAGAAUGGAAUGAGGUUAUGACGAAGCUGGAAAAGCUCAACUACCGCGUCGAGAACCGGAGCUAUGUUCGUGACCUUACGAAACUCCGGGUCUCCCAACUCAUCCCUGGUCGUGCAGCCGUUAUUAUCAUUAUAGACGAUGUCAUCGAUAAGAAAUAUUACAACGGUUCCCAAGAGUCUAUCAAGCUAGCUCCAGUCGACGUUUCUGCGUUUGCAAAAAAGGGGUUCUUCCAACGAUCUCAGUUUCCUCUAGUCGACCACUACGCCGAAACAAAACCCCAGAAGAAGAUGGCCGCCGAUCAGUUGACCAAGAUGAAAAAACAUCGGAAAUCCCCAAAGUCGAAGAUAUUUCUUCUCUCCUGGAUCCUGACCCAGCGAAUGAAACCUCUCAUUCAUAAUGCCGAGAUGGCUAACCGAGCCCUCAUUGAGUUGCUCUGGCCAGCAAUGUCUGCAUCGACAUAUCCAAAUAUUAUCAGCGUUGAUGCGUAUCCUGAUAAUAGAGACUUGGCCGCACUAGCCAUGGCAAUCAACUAUCACUUUGCUCCGCUAUGUGAUAUCCAUACCCCGAGCGCUGGGCAAGAUGGCUACGGUGAGAGCUUUGAGAGGAGGCCAAAGCUAAUAGGGUCGGAUGCUCUGCCUUGGUUGAAUGACACUUAUUCGAGGUGA